UGUCAUGGGCAUGUCAACCGACUUCUGUGCUUAGUUGACGCGGAGAUGGGGCGUCUGUUGCGGACUGAUCUCCUGCACCCAGCAUAAGUCCCAGUAAGGGUGAUGGUGGCUGUGGACAUAAAAGCAGUGAUAGGUUGCCACAUGCAGUCACGCGGAAGACGGAAAAGCGCCCCUCAACUCAAAGCUCUGGAUUCUAAGUUCCCUCAAAUGAUCCCUGGAACUCAGGAAAAUGUUUUUACAUUUUUCAUCAAGCCGUAUCUGAACAAGAAAGGCCGCGAUUGUUCUCAGAAUGUCAGCAGCAGCGCACUGAUAGCGCUGGACUACGGGAAAUUCUCCCAGUUUGCAGAUUACAGCAACUUUGUGGCGCUUAAUGGAAAUUUCAGUGCUUUGGAUGUGCUCCCGGUCUUGACGAUACAACAAAAGGUGAACUUCAGCUUGAGCUCAAAUGCUUCCAAUGACCCAGUUACGGCGAGCAUGUUUGUCGCCUCACUACAGAACACCAGCGACCUGUUUAACUUCCUGACGUAUCUUAAUACUGCUGUUAUAUCGAAAAAUAUAAGCUCGGUGAAUGCGCCCUUGUCUCAAGCUCUACUGAACAAGACUUUUGAAGCAAUCAAAUCCAACAUCUCCAUGUUUAACAGCUCAGAUUGGACCCAGCUCUUCCAGAAUACGCUACCCUCUAUCCUGUCUGAGAUUUCUCCUGACCAGCUCAGCCUUGUCCCUCAGAACAUCUCCUGUAGCUCCUAUCAGGCUAUCCUCAAAGCUCUGGAUAUGAAUUUUCCCAAAAUGUCCCCAGAAAGACAGAAGAGUGUUUAUAAAGUUCUGAUCAAGCCGUAUCUGAGCAAGAAAGGCCCGAAUUGUUCUCAAAAUGUCAACAGCAGCGCACUGCUAUCACAGAAUUUGGGGAAGUUCUCUCAAUUUGCAUAUUACAGCGACUUUGUGGCAUUUAACGGAAAUUUCAGCGCACUGGAUGUGCUGCCUGUACUCACUGUACCACAAAUUGUAGACUACAGCCUGGUCGCAGACAUUGGUCCACCUGCCGCAAGCAGCAUCGUGGGAACACUACAGAAUGCCACCGAUGUGUACAACUUCCUGACUUACAUCAAUAACGUUGUAACAUUAGACAAUGGCAUCUCUGUGAGUCCGCUGUUAUCCCAGGCUCUCCUGACCCAAACCUUCCAAGUUAUCAAGCCCAACUUCAGCUCAUUCAACAGCUCAGACUGGGCUCAGCUUUUCCAGAAUAACCUAAGCCCUGUUCUGUCAGAGAUAACCCCAGACCAGCUCAGUCUCAUACCAAAGAAUAUCUCCUGUGACUCCUACCAAGCCAUAAUCAAGGGCCUGGAUUCUAAUUUCUCCAGCAUGGCACCAGCUAACCAGAAGAAUAUUUAUCAGUCUUUUAUCAAAUCUUAUUUGACCAUGAAAGGCAACACCAUUAAAUGCUUUAACCAAAGCAAUGACAACUCCUCUGCCUGGCUUGUGACUAACAUGGCCUCAUUCAUGACAUACACAAGUGCAGAAGAUCUGCCUAUCUUUGCUAAUUACUCCAUGCUGCAAAUAUUUGCCAGUGAUCCAUCAACUGUUCAACUUGCAAGCCAACUUAACUUCCCCCAAGACACGGCAGUUUAUUACACCUACCUAUUGACAUCCAGUGGGAACACCAAUGUGUCCAGCCUACCUAGUAAGUUCCUCUGUUACCUCAGUCCCUCUGCUUUAAAGAACCUAAACUCAAGUGAUGUUUUGACCGUGACCAAGUUGAUAAACAAGCAGUGUUUUACUGCUCCUCCAGGGAAAGCACCUACAAGCCCAACCCCUGAGGAACUGCAGUUGUCAGUUUCACUGGUCAGCAAAUUAAACAACAUAUCCGCCGACACCAUUAUCAGCUUGGGCCCGUUGGCCGUGGGCCUCUCCCCAUCACAAAUUAACAGUCUCAGCAGCCAAGACUUGGUAUCCGCAGUCCCUGCACUGGGCAAUGUCACCAGCUGGAGCAAUGGCCAGGCCAGGGGGAUCAUGAGCAAACUCUUGCAGAACAAUUACCAGAUUAAAAGCCUGGAGAGCCUUGGCAGCUUGGUGAGUGGAUUGCCAAGCAAACAGCUGCUGGGACUGGACCCCAGAUCCAUACUGAAUGCAACGAAGAAUGUUUUAUUUGCAAACACGCUGUCCAGCGCUCCUCCUGCACUGCAGAAUACCUUUGUCAAGCAGAUUGCUGCUGUAGAUUCUACACCGUCUAACCUGGUCAGAAAUGUCCCUGGGAAUCUUGCUGCUUUCAUACCCAAAUCCUCACUAUUCUUUAACUCAGAGAAGCCAGUUUUACAAGAUGUCAAUGGCAAAUCAUGGAGUGCAGAUCAGGCGUCCAUGUUUUUUGAUGACCUUGUGUCCUCCACAACUAAUUACUCACAGCUUUCCUCAUCAGUCCUGCAAGGUUUUACCUGUGGUAGUUCUCUUGGUAAGGAGCAGAUCAGGAUGCUGGCGAAGGUUAUGAAGACACAGAAUGCGGCACUGGGUGAAAGCCAGCUGAUCUGCCUGACCAGGCAAGCGACAAAGGACGGCUAUCCUACAGAUCUAGACCAGUACCCCAAGGAAGUGUUUCUGUUUCUGAACGCCUCAACUUACUCAGCGGGCAGCUGUGUGGAUUUCUUCACCAAUGUCGGCAUGGCAAAUGUCAGCGUCCUGCCACAGGGAUCCAAGCAGCGUGCUGAUUUGCUGGCGCAAUCUCUCUCCUGUAUGAAUGUCACAGGUUUCUCGCUCACGGAUAGCAACAUCCAAGUGCUCGGACAGCUGGCCUGCGACCUAAACUCCUCCUACAUUGAGAGCUCCAGCGGUAACCUACUCACUCAGUUAUCGCAGUGUGACUCCUUCACCCCUGACCAACAAAGCUCCAUACAAAAGGUUAUCAGCUCCGGCAACUCUGCGUUUGGGGCUACAUCUACCUGGACAAAGAGCACACUAAACUCACUUGGAGGAAUAAGUGGAUUUUUAAACAAGGAUACCCUGGGGAAUAUUUCCAGUGUCUCCUUUAAUGCUUGGAUGACAGAUGCUAUAGAAAAGAAUGUUUUGACAAGGACCCAGUUUGCCUCCAUUGUGAAGAAAGUGGCUCCUACUAGAGCACGGCGAGCCGCUGGUUGUCCCAAUGGCAUGAAGAUCACAGCCGACAACGUUAACAAUCCCCUUCUGCCACUGCUCUACAGCACUGCGGAUCUAGAUGCCUGUUUAGAUAACGCAACGCUGACUAACUAUCUGGAGGUGCUGGGUAAUGAUCCGUUCACAGAUGAACAACUAGCUGUCCUGAAGAUGAGGCUUGACCAGCUCUAUCCUGGAGGUUAUCCGGAAACGGUCAUAUCCAAUCUUGGAGCCAUCAUGUUCCUGUGUGGGCCAACUGACAUCAGCAAGUGGAAUAUAAGUUCCCUGGACACCCUGGGGAGUUUAUUUGCUGUGGGACCGACAAGUUCCCUGGCACAGCUGUACAUUGCAAAGUACAUUAGCUCAGGUAAUCCAUUAAACGGCUCUGCACUAAACAUCAUCGGAAGUAAUUACAUCUGCCUCCUGAAUAGCACCCAACUAGGUCUCAUCACCCCCAGCGCUUUAAGUGAGGCCAAGGCCCUGGAUGUCUCAGCAUGUAACCAGACGGUAAAGAAUUCCCUGUACGCUAUAGCAAAUGUAUCUUAUCAGCCAGUGAGGAACCAGACGGCUGCCUACUACAACCUGAUAAAGCCCUAUCUGGGUGGGGCCCCAACCGCAGACCUGAAAUCCCUGGCUGCCCAGAAUCCCAAUAUGGACAUAGUAACAUUUGAAAGUUUAAACCUAUCCGCUGUGUUGGGCCUCAGUGUGAGUGAUGUCAAGGCUCUGCUUGGCAACAACAGAGGCGACCUGGUGAGCCAGCAAACCAACCCAGUUGUCAGCGCCUGGAUCAAAGCUCAGAAACAGUCUGAUCUCGACACGCUCGGCUUAGGUCUCCAGGGAGGAAUACGGGACUAUUCCAUUACAACGCUCAGUUCAUCCACUGCUACAACCGCCACUACAUCGCCACCUAGUUCAUCGGCUCCAGCCUUCCCAGAAUCCUUUUCUCUCAUCCUGGCCGUUAUUGCUGGAAUCCUUCUGUCAUAGAACCUGGAUCAGUGGCAAGAGACAGGACAGCAUUACAUGCAGACAGCCUCGCCCUAUAUUCCCUCCUCCUUCAUUUAUGAGGGAAAGGCAAGAAAAACAUUGGGAGCAGGGAAAAUGACCAUCAUAAUGUAUAUAAUACAUACAAAGCAAUUAUAUCCAAUAAGAUGUAGUCAUUAUUUAUAUAAUAGUCAUUAUUUAUAUAGUCAUAUAUUGUUUGUUACAUACAGAAAAUGCAUAUAUAAUGUAUUUAGAUAAAUAGGAAUUGUGGCUAAAAAUCUAAUAUACAAGUUGACCUUGUGAAAGGAUGAAGACCGCUACAGUACUGCAAAACGGUUAUAUGUCUCACAUAUUGUCACUUUAGGCUUAGUUCUGUUACAGUGGAUCUGUCUCAAGGCAGGAACAAGGUGUAUGUAUUUAUUGACAAGUUUAAGCACAAGGGGGCAGAUGUAUUAAGCCUGGAGAAGUGGUAAAGAAGUGAUCAGUGGAAUAAUGCACCAGCCAAUCAUUACAGAUUUGAAAAGUGACAGUUAGGAGUAGAUUGGCUGGUGAGUUAUCACCUUCCACUUCUUUAUCACUUCUCCAGGCACCCUGGGGCAGAUGUAUUAAGCCUGGAGAAGUGAUAAGUGGAAGGUGAUAACGCACCAGCCAAUCAUCUCCUGUCAUUUUUCAAACCCGUAAUGAUUGGCUGAUGUGUUAUCACCUUCCACUUAUCACUGCUUUAUCACUUCUCCAGGCUUAAUACAUCUGCCCCACGGUUCAGAGUUUGCCAGAGGUGCGUGAUGCCAGGUGAUCUUGGACAUGCCUUGUAAAUGACUGCCGCUUUAAAAAAAACAUCAGAGAUCGGCCGACAUCCCGCACCUCCAGCAAACUCUGAUCCCUAUUACAUAUGCCACAAAGAUUCCAAUGAGUCACAUGGUAGAACAGGGCUGCGGCUGGUCACAAGAGCACCAGUCUUCCUAUUCUACACCGGCCCUCCCAGCCUCUCUUACCGGAUGGCAGCGCAGGCAGAAGGGAGGCUGGGGAAGGGAGGAUAGUGCUGCCCAGGUGACCUGUUUGGAAUUAGGAAUAUACUUGAAUAAAAACAAAAAGAGGAUGUACAAAGUAAGACACUUCUUGAACAUAUUAAUCCAUCUGCUGGAGAUAGCUACGGCUUCUUAUUGAGGAUGGGAGAGGCUGCGACAGCACAGCCAAUGAUCGCACCCGAUAAGACUCCUGCAGUUAACCUCCCCAUUAUGUGUCCUGUGAAAUCCUGAGGGACUGCUGCAAAAUUGUCCCAGUUUUGGUAAAACAGAUGUCCACAAUAUGGCCGCCGUGGAUUUAUUUCAGCUUCUAGUUUACUUCUGAACUACAAUAUUGCAGGAAAUACUUUUACAUGUGAAAAUAUGUUAUCACGUCAUCAAUAAAACAAGAGUAAAACAUCGA